AUAUGACAUUUUAUUAUCAUUUUGACAGCUGCUAAUAACUUGUGAUUUUGUUCGUGACCUCCUGAACUGCGAUAAUAUUUGAUUACUGCUAUUAGAACAGUCAAGAAGUGUUCUUGGACUUUUGUAGAAAGAUAUUUUCAUUCAUCAAAAAUGCCCAGUGUAGUUACAGUGCCUACUAACCCCUACGAGGGGCAAAAGCCGGGUACCAGUGGUUUGCGUAAGAAAGUUAAAGUUUUCCUUCAAGAAAACUACACGGAAAACUUUAUCCAGAGUAUUUUGGAUGCUAAUAAAGCAGAUAUUGUCGGCUCGACCCUUGUCGUUGGUGGAGACGGUCGCUAUCUAGUAAAAGAGGUCGUGGACAAAAUCAUCAAAAUUUCGGCGGGCAAUGGUGUAGCAAGACUGUUAGUGGGGCAAAAUGGUAUUCUCUCAACUCCUGCAGUCUCCUACAUCAUCAGAAAAUACAAGACCCUUGGUGGCAUCGUCCUCACCGCCUCCCACAACCCUGGUGGCAUCAACAAUGAUUUCGGAAUAAAGUUCAACUGCAGCAACGGAGGCCCGGCCCCCGACCACACCACCAAUGACAUCUACAAGCUCACCACCACCAUCAAGGAGUAUAAGAUCGUGCCGGACAUCAAUUGUGCUGUUGACAAGAUUGGAGUGCAGAACUUCACUGUAGGAGACCGCCCCUUCGUGGUCGAAGUGGUCGACUCUGUGAGGGACUACGUAGACUACAUGAAGGAGAUAUUCGACUUCCCCAAGAUCAAGACCCUCAUCCAAGGCUCGGAGCAGAGGAAGCCUUUCAAUGUGCUGAUCGACUCUAUGAAUGGAGUAACCGGGCCGUACGUUCAACGAAUAUUCGUCGAAGAGCUAGGAGCGUCAGAGAAUAAUGUUCGUCGCGUGGUGCCGUUAGAAGACUUUGGCGGGGCACACCCGGACCCCAACCUUACGUAUGCGGCUGAUCUAGUGACAGCUGUCAAGAAUGGCGACUACGAUUUCGGCGCUGCUUUCGAUGGCGAUGGCGACCGCAACAUGAUAAUCGGCCGCGCCGCGUUCUUCGUGACUCCAUCCGACUCGUUGGCAGUCCUUGCGAACAAUCUGCAGCAUAUCCCGUACUUCCAGCGGACUGGAGUCCGAGGCUUCGCCAGGAGUAUGCCCACCGCGGCCGCUGUAGAUAGGGUGGCGGCUGUGAAGGGGCAGGAGAUGUUCGAAGUGCCUACUGGUUGGAAAUACUUCGGUAACCUGAUGGACGCGGGUCGUCUGUCUCUUUGCGGGGAGGAGAGCUUCGGAACAGGUUCCGACCACGUGAGAGAGAAGGACGGGCUAUGGGCGGCUCUGGCCUGGCUGUCUGUGUUGGCCGCUACUGGGAAGUCUGUUGAGGAUAUCCUGAAGGCACACUGGGCGGAGUUUGGACGCAAUUACUUCACUAGAUACGACUACGAAGAAUGCGCCAGCGACCCUUGCAACGAAAUGAUGCAAGCUCUCGAGAAGAAAAUGACCGAGCCCGGCUUCGUAGCGUCGUCGCACUCUAGCGGCGACAAGACAUACGUCGUUAAACUGGCCGACAACUUCUCGUAUAUGGACCCCAUAGACCAGAGCGUGUCUAUGAAGCAGGGUCUUCGCAUAAUAUUUGAAGACGGCUCUCGCAUCGUGAUGCGGUUGAGCGGAACCGGCAGUUCUGGUGCUACCGUCAGAUUGUACAUAGACUCGUACGAGGCUAAGAACGUGUUGGGCGAUGCUCAAGUAAUGCUGCGGCCUCUAAUAGACGUGGCGCUACAAAUAUCGCAGCUUCAAAAGUACACCGGCAGAGACGCUCCCACUGUUAUUACAUAAGCAAAACAAAGGUAAAUUACCUACAUUUACCACAUAAAUAAGAACAAAAAAGUAAUGUACACGUUGAUUGAUUGUGAAAACUUUAGCGGCAAAAGCACGUGCAAUAAGGAUGAAUUUAUGAAAAUACUCUUAUGAAACUAAUAUGAUUUUUUGAGUCAGGAUACUUUUUUUUAGCAUAAUUAAAAUAAAACGCAGUUAUACGACAGUCAAUCGUUUUUAACAAUUAUUUAUACAUAAUGAAAGCAAAACUGGAUUCAAUUAGAAUCAUACAUUGAGGCUUUUUAGAAAUAGACCAAUCACACGACAGAAUCUAUGACUAAGAUUGAAUCGAGUUUUUAGCUUGUUUUGUAAUGAUGCUGAACUUAGUGUCGUAUUGUGAAAUGACUCAAGUUUGUUUAUACUCAACAGAUCCAAAAACUAUUGCAACUUAACUUACAGGACUUUGAGUGUCGAGUUUUAUGCUAGUUUUUAUAGGUCUCAGUCUUAGUUGAAAUUUUAAUACAUACUUGGACCAAUUUAACAUCUUUUUGAGUAUAUAAUGUCAUUUCACAUUACGGGUCGUAGUGCGUAGUUUUUAUUGCACAUUGAUAUUAUUCAAAUUAAUUACGGGGUGAGAUAUUAUUUCAUUUUAUUAUCUAAUAAGAUACACUCGUACGUAUUUUCACCCGAAAUUGAAAAUAAUAGUGUAACAUUUUUUGUUAUCUAAUUUUAACUUUUAAAUUUUAAUGUAAGUACAAAUUGUGUGAAAUAUUUCGAUAAGUGAAUGACAAAACAAACAAUCUCUAACAAAACUGGUUUAAUAUGAUAUUAAUAUUAUUACGGAAUGUUAUUUUAUGUAAAUAUACUAAUUAAACAUCACAGGUUGUAAAAAGUAUUUAUUUGGCCAAAGUUUGUUAUAAAAUAUUAAUAAUUAUUUUAAUAUCACAUUAUGUAUUGCAUAAACCGAAUGUAUCGUUAUGUGUUUCUAUAAAUAUAUUUUAGUAAAGUUAAA